ACACAUUAAUUGUUCGUUGCUUGGCCUUCGCGAAAUCUCCUUCUCUCGCUCUGGCUCUCGCUCUGUCUGUUUUUGCGCUUUCGUUUGCCCGCCUUCACAAGUCUCUCUCUGCUGCUAGAAGAACCUCCGUUUUCAGCCUUCAUCCGCCAUAGCCCCCCUGUUCUUCAGAGUUCAGACUCUCUUGGUUUGCAUUCACUUCUUGCUACCGAUAGGACCUUCCUACUCUUUCUACAUUCCAAAGCUUGCGCUCCCCUUCCUCUCUCUGUAGUGUGUGUAUCUUGUUUCUUGCCCGUGGCAUUGUGAGCGCAUUUGAUCGAAAUAUGCGCUACUUCUCUCGCCUGCAAACUGUUCGACGAAAUGCCUGAGCCAUGCAUUCCGCCGCAACCGUGAAGACGCAUCUCUUUUCUCCGCCACCGAGUUGCCUCCUCCCCGCCGCGAGUUCUCGCGCAUUUCCAGUCUCAGUCUUUGCAGUCUGUCGGAGUAGAGUACCGGUGGUGUUUGGAGGGAGGGAGCAAGAGAAGACUACUAGUAAUGUUCUUUCUCUGCAUCGUGCGGCGCCGCUGAAGGAGGAAGGGCCUCUCUCGGGCUUUCUUGACGCUAGGAACAGGAAUGUUAGGGAUUCUUGCUGGGAAUUUGACGAUGGGUUUGUGAGGAGGUGUAGCAAAGAUUGGGGGAGCGAAGGUGAUUCUGCCCUGGAAGCUGAGAUUUUGGAGUUUAUGAAGAAUUCUGAGAGCCCGGAGUUGUUCCCGUCCAAGAAACAGUUGAUUGAUGCAGGAAGAACCGAUCUUGUGGUGCUUGUUGCGAGGCAAGGCGGCUGGAUGGCUUCAGGGUGGGAUGCCGAAGACUGUGAAAGCGAAUCAGAGGUAGUCUUGGACUGGAAGACGGAUAGUGAAUCAAGGGCUUUGCUUUCGGACGAGAAGAAGGUGGAAAGUGAUCCAGAGCUGGGGCGUGAAGCCUCUCCCUUGCGCGAUACUUCGCACUCUACUGCUUCUUCGACCGAGAUAUCACUGGUAGCUGCUCACUAUGUUUGUUCAUUUGCAUUCAGAGAAACUGAUAAUUCAGGAGUGGACGGUAUAUUGGGUAGAUUGGAGGUACAAAGGAAUGCAAAUUUUGGAUUUAAGUUGCCGGAGAGAAGUAAAGUCAAUCGUGUCCCCAGUCAUCAUCCUGCAUACGAUGAGCCUUCUGCAGCAUCCAAAACUUUGAUUCUCAAUUUGGUGAAGUUGAGAAAUGGUGCGGAGAAGUGGAGAAUUUGGAGUGAGCAGAGAGCAGCUUUUUCAGCUAAGGAUUUUGAAGCCUGUGAAAGUGGUGCUAAAGAAACCACAACUGGUGAAGAGGUUGAUUCAGGACUUCAUGUGCCUCAGAUGGAUGUGGAUGGCUGCAGCGAUGAUGCUAAGAGAAACAAGAGUGACCCCGCUCAGGAAGGUUUGGAACCCUUAAGCACCCGGCUUCAGCAUAUGGAAUCAAAGCUUUCAGCUAUUCUUAAUACAUUAAAAUCAGAUUUUGGUGACAAUUUGUUCCGCAAGGCUAGCGAAAGGCCAUCUGAUAAGCAUCUGAAGCAUUAUGAUGCUUGGGAAUUCCAGGAAACUUAUAUACUGAGUCAGCAGAAAAAGUUGCGGUCAAUCCAGGCACAGAAAGCUAUCGUGGAAGGCAGAAUGGCUCUUGCAAUACUUGAUGCACAAAGGUUAGUGGAGCAGAAACAGAAAAAAAUCGAUGAUGCUCAAAAAGGCACCCAGCUUCUUAGGAAUGUCUACAUUGUUUGGCCUACUGAAGCCUCAGAAGUGUUUCUAGCUGGAACAUUUGAUAGAUGGGCUACUAAGAGAAAGAUGGAGAGGUCAAGCACCAAUAAAUUCUCCUUGUAUAUCAAAUUGUAUCCCGGAAAGUACGAGAUCAAGUUCGUGGUAGAUGGUAAAUGGAAGGCUGAUCCCCUGCUCCCCUAUGUUCAACAUUAUGGGUAUGUAAAUAAUCUCCUCAUCGUCGAUUGAGAAGACACCGGAGACUUAACCGUGGACAGAAAGAUACCUCUUGGCUUUAAAAGAAAAGAAGAGAUUCAUUGAUUGAUUGCCAGCAGCAGCUGUGAUUCUUUUUGGUAUCCCAGUUUCCAUGUAAAUAGUAGAAAUUUUACUUUGGCUACAUUCUCUAAUGAUUCUUUUACCAUAGUGGGCCAACCAUAAGGAUGGGGCUAGCCAAUGUUGCAGCUUUAAUUCAGCUCGUCGUCUUUCCAUUGUGUAAUCCAGUACAGAAUCUUCCGUGGAAAUAAAUGAUUGUUAGAUUCUUUUUCUGAAGAAUGUGCAGUGCGUUAGAUAAUCAACUAGGCAUUUUUGCAGCUUAUAAUUGCUAAUGCACGGCCUUCACAACGUAUGUGAACCCACUUCCACAGUAAACUCUAGAGAUGGCGACUGCUUCCUUUUCAUUCCGGCUGUCAUUACUUCCAAUCCUGACCAGGCAUGGAUCUGUUUCGUCACUCGUGCUCCCUAACCCAAGCUGGCCGUGUUCUCCCCAUCCCCACGUCAUGACUUCUCCGUCCACUGUAAUUAAGACGAGAAAAAUGAAACUCGUGAGCGGGCAAAGGAAUAGGGAAGUGGAAAGGAUGAACAGCUCCGAAGUAAA